UCGUGUGUGGGCGUAUUUUUGGAGAUAAAAUUUAUUGAGCUGGAAUAAUAAAUUUUUACAGUGAAAUGUAGAUCAAGCAGUCUUGUAAAAUAAUAUCUUUAUGAUGUAGUUUGUUAGGCAGUCGUGUUUUAAUUUUUAAAUAUAGAAAAAUGUUUCGCUGCUGCAUAUGUUUUUAAUUUAUUUUCCAUUCAACAUUCAACAAAAAUGUAAUACUUAUUAUUUAUCACUUCAAUAAUUAAAUGAUGUGUGUUAUUUUGACUCUUUGGUAAAGUUAGUGAGUGUUCGUCAUGAAUCUGAUGCGUAAAUUGCGUGGUGCGACCGCUUCGUCGUCUUCGGAGUCCUCGGAAGCCAGCAGCUCAUCCUCUCAUGUACAGCUGGGUCUCAUGCACCUCAAAAAACUCUUCUCGGAGUACACACAUCCCCCCCAGCCCUUGUCCGAAGCAGAGAAAGAUGACAAAUUGUAUAAUAUGCUACCACUUUUUUGUAAGGUGUUCGGCACUAGUCCUUCCAGUGAAAUGAAUGAGAAGUUUUGGGAUAUACUGUCAUUCUGCCAACAAGUUUCCAAGCUUAUGGUGUCAGAGAUCCGGAAAAGGGCCAGUAACCAGAGCACGGAGGCAGCUAGCUGUGCAAUCGCAAAGUUCCUCGAGAUAGAAAACUCGGAAGAGUCUAGCAAUGGAUGGAUGUUGUUAUCCACUCUAAAUUUGUUGGCAGCUGGUGACCAAUCACUCAUUCAGGUUAUGACCACUGCUUCCAUACCUUCAACCUUAGUUAAAUGUUUAUACCUGUUUUUUGAUCUCCCUGAAAUACCUGAAUCUGAGGCGGACCUUCAAGAUGGUAAUAGUGACUUUACUCCUAGAGAAAGGCGAAUAUUACUUCAGAAAAUAUUUGUGCAGGUACUGGUAAGAUUAUGUAGCCAUCCAUUUCCUUGUGAGGAACUAGCGAGGAAAGACGAUCUCAGCCUAUUGUUCUCUGCCAUUACAUCAUGGUGUGCACCGCACAACAUUAUGUGGCGCAAAUCGGCCGCGGAAGUGCUGAUGACCUUAUCUAGACAUGGUCUAGCACAGUCCGUUGUCCAAUACAUUCACAAUAAGGGAUGUGUAGCACUAUGCAUAGAGAAUAUGCAGAGAAUUCCAGAACUUACUCCCUUAGAGGUGGUAGAAAUGUUUGUUGCAGUAUUCUGCUUCUUAAAAGAUUCAAGUGAUGUUAGUCAAUUACUAUUGGAUGACUUCCGGUCAUGCCAAGGAUAUUUAUUUCUUUCGGAGUUUUUACUGAAACACGAAAGGCAGGAAGUGCCCGAUUAUUUGACAGAACUCGAAGAAGAGCGCGUAAGCGGCACCGAAGCGCGUGCGGCGCUACGCAACUUGGUGUUGAUGAUAUCGUCUCUGUGCGCCUGCGGCUUUUCCGAGCUGCGGCCCACGCGAGCCAAUACUGAGCUGUUUCAACUACAGGGCUUCGUCUUGCCGCAGCCUUCCACGCCUGGGCAGGCGGUGCGGAAUGUGCAGGCGUUUCAGGUUCUACAAUCGGUUUUCAUGAAAUCGAAUUCGGCUGCGCUAUGUUGCACGAUACUAGACGCGAUAUCCAGCGUUUACCACGCUGAUAAUGCGAACUACUUCAUACUAGAAAACCAAAACACAUUGAGUCAAUUUUCGGAGCGGAUCCAUACGAAAAACGCGGAGAUUCAAGAGAAGUUCUUUGAACUGCUCGAGUUUAUAGUAUUUCAGCUGAAUUUUGUGCCCUGUAAAGAGCUGAUAUCGCUGUCCCUGUUACUGAAAGCAAACAGGUCGCGUACUUGCAGCAUAUUGUGUAUGAAAACAUUACUCAACAUAUUGAAACAUAACCCAAUUUUCAAAGACGUAUACCGGGAAGUAGGAAUGCUUGAAGUGUUCGUCACUUGCUUAUCUCGAUACGCCGUUUUCCUCAAAGAUAAACAGUUGCUAGAAGAGGAAAAGUCUAAGAAAGACGCGGCUGAAGUGAACGGGUCUCCGAAAGCCCCCGAGAGGAGAAAGAGGCUGUCUUCUAGACAGGACUCGUUGAUAAAGGACCCUAAUAUUGAUGCAGAGGAGGAGGAGCUUGGUGGUUUGUUGAUGGAGGGUUUGACAGCUCUUUUGAAUGGAAACACGAGCAAUUGUAACGUGUUCCGAGAUUGUGGCGGCGCUAAAUGCGUCCACGGCAUGGUGGUUCACGAGUCUUGCAGGAGCCAAGCUUUAGGUGUGAUCCGAGAGCUGAUAGUGAGUGGCAGCGGCGAGGAGGACAUGUCGGCGUUACUCUGCGGAAUGCACGCGGCGCCCAACGACGCUCUCCAGCUCAAAUUGGACAUUUUGAAGGCGCUGUUGGCAUGCUUACGGGACUCGCACCGAACUAGAACUAUUUUUAGAAAGGUGAGCGGGUUCGUAUACGUGACAAGCGUGCUAGUCUCGCUCGAAGGCAAAUUGAAAGGCGAGGGGAUGGUUGACCACGACAUGCUACAGCUGAUACACAUUGUCUUUUACACCAUCAGCACCGCCAUGCGGUUCGAACCGGCAAACGCGAAGUUUUUUCAUCAUGAGAUUUGCAUGACAACUCUUUCUGAUACAAUACGGCUCUUGGGAUGUUUCACUGACGAUUUAGAAUUGCUAAACGACACUGAAAACGGAGACCCAGAAUUGUAUGAAGUGUUCCAUGAAAUUUUUACUGGAAACAUUAUGGAAAUGACUUUUCCCGAAAAAGUACCAAUAGUAUUCGUACAUGCGUGUAUUGUGUUGCGUCUACUUUACGACGUGGCUCUCGACUCGUUUGACAAGCCGACGUUUUGCGGAUCUCUGAAUGUCAAAUCGCCAAGUUUGACGAGGCAGAGUUCGGCAAUCAAUGAGAGCAAGCCCGCCGGUCGCACGGCGCCUCUCAACUUAUCCUCCGGCGGUACGGCGGGGGAGGCGUGGGUGAUCCAUUCCGGCGUGGUCAUUGUACUGGCGAAGCUUCUUCCGGCGUUGCCGCGCCCGUCGGAACACGAGGCGUACGGGCGAGCGAUACGGGAUUAUCUUGCGCAUGUUUUGAAGAGUUUAGUCCGAAGCGAACGCAACCAGCAAGUGAUGUGCGGCGCGGGGCUAGCAGGCGUAGUGCUUCGAGUUUGCGGCGCCGCGUUACGCGCAGAAAAGCACCCGUUGCAUGCGCCCGCUAUGUACAUGUUAGAGAGGCUCGCUGCGCACGCGCUCAGGCCCAUCGAACUAAGAGAAUUCCUGCGCAUGGGAAAUCCCCUGAACUGUGUAUCCCCAGAGCAAGGUCAAGUUUGCAAGCCCGGAGGACCUGUGCCUCUUACAAGGAUCAAGACUUUAGUGUCUAUGACAACUCCUAGAGAUUACAGAUCUCAAAAUUCGUGCACGUUACCUCCGUUCGUCGAGUUUGAUAUGUCUGCCGAAGGCUUCGGCUGCCUAUACCUACCCAGUAUAGCGCCGCAGUCUGCCAACCUGAACGCUUUGGGCACGCAAGAUAACGCUACUCUUGGAGGCAUUGGAUCAGGCGACAGGGUGUUCCCGCCUCAAACCGGCCUGACCUACUCCACCUGGGUCUGCGUGGAGAAGUACUCGGACCCUCGUAACGAUCCGCAUUGCGUGCGUCUACUGACGCUCGUGCGGAACCUCAACAACAGCCGCGACGAGCAUCUGGUCUGCCUCACUGUGGUGCUGUCAGCGAGGGAUAAGGCUAUUAUCGUGUCUACGCAGGAAACGCUGGUGCCCCAUAACUUAUCAGACGUGGGGGAGUGGGAGCCCGAGGGCUCGGGCGAGUGCGGCGCGCGCGUGUGGUGCCCCGACCUGCAGCACGAGGGCCAGUGGCACCACCUCGCGCUGGUGCUCAACCGGGCCGUACUGAAAAACUCGUCGUUCUCCUUGUAUUUGGAUGGUCAGCACAUGCAUUCAGGAAAGCUACAUUACGUAAGUGCAAAUCCUGGUGGAGGAGCUGCGACGCUCUCGGGCGCGUCCAGUGUCUACUGCAUUAUCGGCACACCUCCGCAAUGGCGGCGGUACUCUCGCCUCGUAUGGAGACAAGGGCCGGCUUUAUUGCUUGAAGACGUACUGUCAGCAGCGACGGUAGCAGUUAUCUACCAACUCGGCCCUCAUUACGUUGGCACACUCCAAGCCCCUCAAUUGGCGGGUCAAAAUCCUGAACCCUUAGCGCCGCUAGUCGCCGAAGAGAAAGUUGUAUUUGGCAUCAACGCCCGUGCUAUGUCGCAACUGACUCUGGCGAAGAUUCGAAAAGUAUACAGCAAGAAUGACAACAAAGCGAUAGCGAAACAACUAGGCAUGUCUUCGCAUGAAAACGCUACGCCUAUCAGGAUUCUGCACAAUUCGGCCGGGCACCUGAUGGGCCCUGCAAGAUGUUUGGGAGGAACUGUUGUGGGUUAUUUGGGGGUGAGAGUGUUUUGCUCCAAACCUGCUGCGAUCAUGAUUGACACAGUCGGCGGAUGCUCAGUAUUAUUGGGUCUGAUUGCCAUGGCGCAAGACGUAGAGUGCCUGUACGCUGGCGUCAAAGCCCUGGUAUGUGUUGUUCGCUCAAACAAAGCAGCACAAGCUGAGAUGGACCGCCGAAGGGGAUACCAGACUCUCGCCAUGCUACUCAAACGAAAAAAGCAACUGCUCAAUUCGCAUAUACUCCACCUAAUAUUUGGAUUAGUGGGAACCGUUGAUAGUCAAAAAGAAACCUCAUCAAUUCCAAAUUUAACAGCGUUUCAGGAUUUGAUAUGCGAGUUAGAUGUAUGGCUCGGUGCGCCAGGCGGCCUGAUAAAGUCACUGCUGGAGCAUUUACUCGAGCUGGCAACAGAAACAGCGCACAGAACGCACAACCUACGCACAAUGAGAGAACUACAGUUGGUCUCCAAGCUUUUGUACGUUAUUAACGACGUCAAAGUCGUCAGCACAAAGAAUGUACUGGUACACUUGUUGUCUGCGUUAUUGGGCGGGCAACCGCGACCGAGCGACUUGCUGUGUCUUGGCCAGUUCAUGGCGUACACAUUGCCUUUACCUACACAGACUGAAAAAGGGCUAAAUCUCAAGGAAAGCGAUUCGGAGAAAGAGUGUGAAGGUGAACAGAUUAUUCUCCGAAAUAAAUGCUUCAAUGUCAUACAUGGGCUGUUGUUCACCGCCAGAAAUUUGGUGAACACAAUAGUGUGUGAAGAAAUAUCGCGUGUGUUGGGCAUGGAUUGGUUGCUCAGCUUUAUGCAAGAGAAUGUUCACCAUACAACAGUAUUAUGGGCGUUCCGGAUUCUCGUAAUAUUGUGCUCGGGGCAAGGGCAACAAUCGGCUAUAAUGCAAAGGUUUCGCGAGGGAACCGGCAACGGUGGAUGGUUACGUCACACGGAGGUUUUGGCGGCGCCGCAACAGACCGGCGUCAUGUUGCCGGCCACUGUUCACUCCCACACUCACCUUCAUACAUCAUUGCUGCACACCUCUGGGUUCACGCUGCUCUCCUGGUUGAUUCUGUCCCACUUACAAAUACCGGAGCUAUACUAUCUCCUUUUCGGCUUGACUCUCGGUCAGCCGAUGCGCAACGUGGGAGCUGAUAAAACCGUCUCAGUAGAGCGAGUGUGGGGCGCCGCUUGGGGCGCUGCUGCCCCCUCCCGCCAGUCGUCCGCCGCGGUGGCCGCGAGAAUCACCCUAUGCCCUGAAGCCGUGGUUAUACUGCUGGGGGCUGUAAGGGCGUUGGUUCACGCCGAACCGGGGUCAUUGCCCGAGUGGCUGAGUGAACACCCUGUGACUAUUAUACAGGUGUUGUUUUCCCUGUACAACACGCUGCCUGAUUUUGUGUCAAUUAUGAUGACGGCUGAAGUAUUAACAGCGCUAGCAUCGACUCUCUUUCCGCCGAACACUACGGAUGAUAUUCAUAUGCCUAUAUGCGAGAGCGGCGAAAGUUCCGGAGCUUCCACGCCUGGCUCCGAGAAAGAAGUGGUGAUCGUCAGCAACUCGGCGGCGCUGACGCAGCACGCGGCGCGUCAGGGCGUCAUGGACUUCUUACGCGUCAUCGUGCUGGAUUCGUUGCCGUUGAACGUCACGGGGAAAACCGCGCCGAGCGCGCCACCGGCCGCAUGCUCGGACUCGGUGCCACCGUCUAUGUUUUGUUCGCCCUGUAGCUCGGCUCCGCUACGAUCAUUCUUUUAUUGCGUGAUUGACCUCGUAUUGGACGCAUCACCACCAAACUCCACCAGUUCGCAGCAGAUUGAAUACCAGACUGAGGUGUUAACGACACUCAUGGAAAACCUACUAAACACUGAAUUGUUUGGCUCCGAGUCCAAUAUAUCGAAUGUUUGCUAUUUGGCUGCGAGAUUGGUCGACAAACUCUGGCAAGGGCAGCUAUCAAGAGAUCCUCACGAGGUAUUUGAUUUCAUAGUGAAAUUAGUAACUCAAGCCAAGAAAAAGUCGUCUGUGAUAUCACUAGAAGGCUUACACCAUUGUUUAAACAGGACAAUCUUAUUUUUGUUGUCUCGGUCGACGGAAUCUAUUGCCGAUCAAAUGUCAGUGCUUGAGGCGCUACAUAAGCUCACUACCAAUAGGUUACUGAUCUUUGGCGCGGGAAAUCACGAACUUGAAUUCAUUGGGUGCCUUACAUACUGCCUUCUACAACUCAGUUCUAACAUGAAAAUAGCGCUGGAGUCGCACAUGCGAACGACUUGGCAUGUCAACCCGAGCGGCGAUCUUGAGUCGAGAGAUGACAAACUAACAACACACCAAGGUCGUAACCUAAUGGCUGGGGCCGCUCGUCGAGUGUGGGAGGAGUUAUACGCGUGCAAGAAGCCCGCCAUCGAAGAGGUGUUCAAAAUAACGCUAGUGCUGCCCGUGGGAAACGCGCGCGCACCUGACCUAGCCUCAGUGAGAGAACAGCUGAACGAGGGCGCUCAUAAGCUGUGGAUCAACUAUAUCGACACUGAGAGAAAGGCCGUGUACCGAGUUCCCUGGGAGUUGCACAAUCAAAUUCAGUCCAAGAUCCAGAAAGUGACUGGGGGCUUGACUCGGUUAGCCUCGAGAACGAAGGUCAAGAAGGAUGACUCGGCUAAACAGCGCCCGCAUUUGCCACGUGAUCACGCGCUCGCUUACAUUCAAGAUCAUGUUCAACUAGUCAGAUGCGCAUGGCUAGGCGGAGUGCGCACGAGUCUGCAAACGUCAGCGCACACCACUCGCUACGUGCAAGCCGAGUGGGCGGGCGCGUGGCGGGAGCUGACUCGCGAGCGGGCCCUGUGGGGCCCCGCCAGGCCGGACCCGCUGCGCAAGUGGGCCCUGGACUGCACGGAGGGGCCCUGUCGCAUGCGCAAGAUGUUGCGGCACAAUCACGCCUUCUACCUUCAUUAUCCAUAUCGCCCUGAGCUGGAGAACCCUGAUAAUAAACAACUAAAGUACAAAGUCGCCCAAAGCCUGGACAGCAAGGAAUAUUACCGAGUGUACCAGCAGUGGCGGACGGCUGGGAACACCUUGGACGAGGCCGACUGCACGGAGGCAGAGGACUUGCAGGUCCCCCAGGACGAAGAUCACAGCAACAGGGACCAAUCGAUCGAUGUGUCCAAUGAAGACGGUUCGCCCUCGGCCCUAGUCAGUAGCGGCGUUGUGAGUCGCGGCACUAACCAGUCAUCCAGCGAAACGAAUGAAGAUGGCCCUGACAAUGAAGAUGAAGAUGAAGCCCAACCACCUCCCCCCGAUAAUCAGACCCUGCUAAGGUUGCUAGAACAUCAUGAAAAGAUCUCACACAUGUUCCGCUGUGCCCGAAUACAAGGUCUGGACACGACAGAAGGCCUAUUAUUGUUUGGCCGAGAGCAUUGCUACGUCAUCGACGGAUUCACGUUGUUGAAAAAUCGAGAAAUCAGGGAUUUAGAUAGUUGUCCAGACGAUUACGAGCCCAUACUACCCAGUCAGGGUAUUCAAAGGAGUAACCAAAGACAGUGUUCGAAGUUUCUCUAUGAAGACAUACGGGAAGUUCACAAACGAAGAUAUUUGUUGCAACCUAUUGCCCUUGAGGUGUUUUCGAGUGAUGGCAGAAAUUACCUACUUGCUUUUCCAAGAAAAGUACGGAAUAAGGUGUACAGCCGAUUCACGGCGCUGGCAACAGGUAUGGCGGACAGUGCGGCUGGCAGCGUGGCGGGCCAGAAGAGAGGGGUGGCCGUCGAACAAGGCGGCGGGUUACUGGCCACGCUUAUUGGCGACACGUCUGUCACGCAGCGGUGGCUGAGAGGCGAGAUAUCUAACUUCCAAUAUCUGAUGCAUUUGAACACCCUCGCUGGGCGGUCCUACAACGAUCUGAUGCAAUACCCGGUGUUCCCCUGGAUCCUGGCCGAUUACGAUUCUUUAGAGCUAGACCUCAACGAUCCAGCUACUUUCAGAGAUCUGACCAAGCCCAUGGGAGCUCAGAGUACGGAUAGACUGGAACAGUUCCGAAAGAGAUAUAAGGAAUGGGAUGAUCCUCACGGUGAAACGCCUCCAUACCAUUAUGGCACGCACUAUUCGUCGGCCAUGAUCGUCUGUUCGUACCUCGUCAGAAUGGAACCGUUCACACAACACUUUCUGAGGUUACAAGGGGGCCACUUUGAUUUAGCAGACAGAAUGUUCCAUUCCAUAAAAGAAGCCUGGAACUCAGCAUCUCGACAUAACAUGGCGGACGUGAAAGAACUCAUACCCGAAUUCUUUUAUUUGCCUGAAUUUCUAGUCAAUUCCAAUAAUUUUGAUUUAGGUAGCAAACAAUCAGGGGUGGCUCUAGGCGACGUGGUCCUCCCGCCGUGGGCCCGUGGGGACCCGCGUGAGUUCAUUCGGCUCCACCGCGCAGCCCUAGAGUCUGACUACGUGUCCCACCGCCUCCAUCACUGGAUAGACCUGGUCUUCGGGUACAAGCAGCAAGGCCAGCCCGCUGUGGACUCCUGCAAUGUGUUCCAUCACCUGUUUUAUGAGGGCAACGUGGAUAUAUACAACAUCGACGAUCCUCUAAAGAAAAACGCAACUAUCGGCUUCAUAAACAAUUUCGGGCAGAUACCAAAGCAGCUUUUUAAGAAAGCACAUCCAAGCAAGAAGAUGUCACAGCGAAGCUCGACAAUUUUAGAUCCAAACAAUAUCAUUCCAUCGCAAGGAAUCACGCCUCCUGAGAAAUUGUUCUUUCACAAUUUGGAGAACUUGCGGCCUUCGUUACAACCUGUGAAAGAGGUGAAGGGCCCAGUAGGCCAGAUUUUGUACACGGAAAAGGCAAUACUGGCUGUGGAACAAAACAAAGUGCUUAUGCCUCCCUCAUACAAUAAGUACGUGGCGUGGGGAUUCGCGGACCACUCGCUGCGUAUAGGCAACUACGACAACGAUAAAGCGGUGUUUGUGUGCGAGGCUGUGGCUCAAGCGUGUGGAGAAAUAGUCGCCUGUGUUUGUCCUUCGGCCAAGACCAUCGUUACUGCUGGAACCAGUACUGUUGUCACUGUUUGGCAAUACUGGGCCCGCCGGCGUCGACUCGCUGUCAAAGUGUGUCUUUACGGGCACGAAGAAGCCGUCACUUGCUUAGCCGCGAGCCCGGCCUACAACUUGGUGGUCAGUGGCAGUCGCGAUGGACAGGUCUUAGUAUGGGACGUGGAGCGGGGCGCUUUCAUACGUCAACUAGUUCCACCUCAAGGCAUCAUUCCGCCGCCACCCGUAUCGGCGCUAGCCAUCGACGAACUUACUGGCGACAUAGCGACCUGCAGCGGCAGCUGGCUAUACGCGUGGUCGAUCAACGGCACGCUUCUGGGCGCCGUGGACACGGUGGGCGGGCGCGAGCGCUCGCAGCAGGUGCUGUGCGUGGCCUUCAGCCAGACGCGCGAGUGGGACCCGCUCAACGUCGUCAUCACCGGCUCCACAGACGGCGUCGUGCGGAUGUGGUCCAUAGACUACAUAGAAGAAACGAUUGAGGAGCAACAAGAGCAACAGGAAAGCUUAGAAGCCGUCAGCAUAGAGCCUACGACGAGUUCGCUGGACGUAGACAGGGACGCCGACCAAAGCAAGCUGUCGGUCCAGGAGAGCGAAGACCUCAAGUCCGAGACCGAUGUCAGGUCGGAGAGCGAGAUAAAGACUGAAGACGAACCGGCCAAGACCGAGGCAGCUAUCAAGAGGGUGGAGGAACUAGUCAAGCAAAUGAGUCUAUCACAAGAGGCUGAUGGUAACCUAACAAAGUCAGGUUCCGAGAGCUCCCUAUCAGACGCGUGCGAGACAACAAGCGCUAAAGAAUCUGCGCGAAGACACGAGGAGAAAGACAUCUGCAGCGACAAUGAGGAAUAUACUGGUAGCCGCGACCGCGCCGUCGACUCGUGCGACGAGGCCAAGCAGGAGUACGACAAUGAAAAAGACUUGGAUGCCGAAAAGGAGGGUGCUCACAGAAACAAGCUUCAGAAACAAGGCAACAUUGUACUGAGGAGGAAGUCAAAGGGGAAUCCUUUGUACCGGAAAAGCGGGGGCAGCAUAGGCGAGUCCAGCGAAUCCGGUUCGACGGAGUCCCGCGCCGCGUCCAUGGAGGUGGCGGGUGAGGCCGGGCUGCGUGCCAGCAAGAGCGACACCAGCCUCACGGACUCUUUUGUCGUGCUGGCGCCGCCCACUCCGCCUGCGCCUGCGCCCGCGGUCUCCUCGCAGGACACAGAAUGCACCCGCAAGUGGGUCCGGCGGCUCGUGCUGCGCGGCAAGCUGACGAUGCACACGGCGUACGAGCGGCGCGACAACGCCUGCCCCGCCUCCGUCACCGCCGUCGCCGCCGCCAAGAGCGGCCGCGGGCUCGCUGUUGGUGAUGNCCCCAUAUUCCGCUGGUCGGCGCCCGAUAUGUCGAGCGUGUCAGGCGCUAAAGGCGGGCCUGCCGACCACUGGGUGCGGGACGACACCGCGCCGUAUUGCACACAGUGUCAGGUAAUCACUAACCUCAUAUUAAGGUAUAUAAUAUAG